AUCGAUAAACAAACCAACGGUAGAGAUGUAAGCCCAAAGGUGAACCUGAAGAGCACAGAAUCACUGAUCGAUCGCGAAUAACAAAACUAAGUACUUGACAGGCAGUUGAGAGGCUCGUUCGUCGAAUACAAGCAAAGUCAAGACUCAGCCUCGAUCAAUCCAUAGAAAUUAAGAUCGUUUUAUUUGUGUUUUAGAGAGAGAAAGACUGUUCAGAGAGAGAAAGUGGGAGAAGAAUGAUCGCAGACGGAGUGGAAAACGAAGAGAAAUGGCUAGCGGCAGGAAUCGCAGGUCUUCAACAAAAUGCUUUCAACAUGCAUCGCGCUUUGGAUUCGAAUAAUCUAAGAGACGCUUUGAAGUAUUCAGCGCAGAUGCUCUCUGAGUUACGGACUUCGAAGCUUUCUCCUCAUAAGUACUAUGAGCUCUAUAUGCGCGCAUUUGAUGAGUUGAGGAAGUUGGAGAUCUUCUUUAGGGAAGAGACACGCCGUGGUUGUUCAAUUAUUGAUUUGUAUGAGCUUGUGCAGCAUGCUGGUAACAUAUUGCCUAGAUUGUAUCUCCUCUGUACUGUGGGGUCUGUGUACAUUAAAUCUAAAGAAGCUCCUGCGAAGGAUGUUCUUAAGGAUCUUGUGGAAAUGUGCCGUGGCAUUCAGCAUCCUGUACGUGGGCUGUUCUUAAGGAGUUAUCUUUCUCAAGUCAGUAGGGAUAAGUUACCUGAUAUAGGUUCCGAAUAUGAAGGGGAUGCUGACACAGUCAUGGAUGCUGUGGAGUUUGUCCUGCAAAACUUUACUGAGAUGAACAAGUUGUGGGUGCGGAUGCAACAUCAGGGACCUGCCCGGGAAAAGGAGAAGCGGGAGAAAGAAAGGAGCGAGCUACGUGAUCUUGUUGGGAAGAACCUGCAUGUCCUCAGUCAGAUAGAAGGUGUUGACCUUGAUAUGUAUAAAGAAACUGUACUUCCCAGGGUUCUUGAACAGGUUGUCAAUUGUAAAGAUGAGAUUGCUCAGUUUUAUUUGAUGGAUUGCAUUAUCCAAGUAUUUCCAGAUGAGUAUCACUUGCAAACUCUUGAAGUCUUGUUGGGUGCAUGCCCACAGCUGCAGCCAUCUGUUGACAUCAAGAUGGUGCUUUCUAGAUUGAUGGAGAGACUCUCAAAUUACGCAGCUUCAAGUACAGAAGUUUUACCUGAGUUCUUGCAAGUAGAAGCUUUUUCGAAAUUGAACCAUGCCAUAGGAAAGGUCAUAGAAGCACAGGUUGAUAUGCCUAUGUUUGGAGCUGUGACUUUAUAUUCCUCUCUCCUCACUUUUACCCUCCAUGUUCACCCGGACCGGCUGGACUAUGCAGAUCAAGUCUUGGGAGCAUGUGUUAAGAAAUUAUCAAAUAAAGGAAAGCUUGAAGACAGCAAAGCCACAAAACAAAUUGUCGCACUCUUAAGUGCUCCAUUAGAAAAAUAUAAUGAUGUUGUCACUGCUCUGAAGCUCUCAAACUAUCCCCGUGUCAUGGAGUAUCUUGACAAUGAGACAAAUAAAGUCAUGGCAACUGUUAUAAUCCAGAGUAUUAUGAAAAACAACACUCGCAUUUCUAUAGCUGAUAAGGUUGAGGCAUUGUUUGAAUUGAUCACAGGACUUAUCAAGGAUUUGGAUGGAACUCAUGAGGAGGUUGAUGAAGAUGAUUUCAAAGAGGAGCAGAAUUCUGUUGCACGUCUUAUUCAGAUGUUGCAUAAUGAUGAUCCUGAAGAAAUGUAUAAGAUCAUAUGUACAGUGAGGAAGCAGAUCAUGACUGGAGGACCAAAGCGUUUGCCCUUCACUGUUCCCCCUCUUGUAUUUUCUUCUCUUAAGUUGGUUAGGCGACUACAAGGCCAAGAGGAAAAUCCUUUUGGGGAUGAGUCAUCAACUACACCAAAGAAAAUUUUUCAGCUUUUGAAUCAGAUGAUUGAGGCUUUGUCAAUUGUUCCAGCACCUGAAUUGGCAUUACGGCUGUACUUACAAUGUGCUGAGGCUGCUAAUGACUCUGAUUUAGAACCUGUUGCAUAUGAAUUUUUUACCCAAGCAUAUAUUCUGUAUGAGGAAGACAUCUCAGAUUCCAAAGCACAGGUGACUGCACUGCAUUUAAUAAUAGGCACUCUACAGAGGAUGCAUGUCUUUGGUGUUGAAAAUAGGGAUACUUUGACUCACAAAGCUACAGGGUAUUCUGCGAAACUUCUAAAGAAGCCUGAUCAAUGCAGAGCUGUCUAUGGGUGUGCACAUCUUUUCUGGGUUGAUGAUCAAGAUAACAUGAAAGAUGGAGAGAGGGUUCUGAUUUGCCUAAAGCGUGCAUUAAGAAUUGCAAAUGCUGCUCAACAAAUGGCUAAUGCUACGCGAGGUAGCACUGGAUCAGUCACGCUCUUUGUUGAGAUUCUGAACAAGUAUCUUUAUUUCUUCGAAAAGGGAAACCCACAGGUCACUGUUGCUGCUAUCCAGAGUCUGAUUGAAUUAAUUACAACUGAGAUGCAAAGUGACUCUAGUACACCAGAUCCUGCUGCUGAUGCAUUCUUUGCUAGCACGCUGCGGUACAUCCAGUUCCAGAAACAAAAAGGUGGAGCAAUUGGUGAAAAGUAUGAACCCCUUAAAAUAGUGACAGGAUGAUCGGAUGGCACAGGAUAUCUUUCAGGUUAUUGUUCUUUUUUUAAAAAUAUAAAUGCUACCAUUGAUUCCAUGGGUUAGGGUUUAUGUGCUAUGAUCUGGGUGAAGUAGCUUUGUGCUUCCAAGUCCCGCCAGUGCAAUGUUGAAAGCCUGUCUACUUAUUAGACCAGUACUGAAAUCAUAUGCCAACAUUUUAAAGAUGGUUUAGGAAUUUAACUUUCUCGAGUAUAAAGUUAAGCGAUGUCUAUUCUCCUCUA